UAAGAUACCGCGUCGGUUCCAGUUCGACACGUCUGGAUUUCGCUGCGACUGGAUACGCCACCUUCGUGUUGAUAUCGUCUACUAGUUAAACGUAAGCACAGCUGCACGAUGAAAACGGGUUUCCUGCUGUGUCUUUGCCUAGGCUUUGUGUGCCUGGUAGCCGCCGACGAAGCUGAAGAUGUGGCUAAACUCAUCGAGGAAGCUAUUCGAGAAAACGCUGGCAGUGACGCACUGGCUGAGAAAAUCUUGGCAAGAGUGAAGAUUCUUCAAGACUGUGCUGCCGAGCAGAAUGAGGAGGGCAUCGAACUGCUUAAAAAGUACACAGUACCGAUAACCAAGGAGGCAACAAAGUGUGCUGCAACAAAAUCUGACAUUGCAGAUGCUACCGAAAGGGACGUCGCUGAACACCAAUGCUUUAGGGAGGCUUCAAAGCGGUUCAAGGAAUCAACACCACCGACUGAAAAAGAAAGCGCAGUCUACGACGCCAUUAAGGCUUGCUUUCUUCCUAAACUGGCAGCACUGGAAGCAGGAGCUUGAGCCACCAUACUACCGACAACAGCCGAGGAGCGUUCGCCAGGUCUGAGCUGUUCUGCUGAAGCGAAGAACAAAAAUGUGAAUCGCUGCGUUGUUUGUCGUUUAAUGUGGCUUAAUAAACGUCACUACAAUGAACA